AUUCGUAAUGUCGCUCAAGGAAGUUUCCUUCCAGCUGAAUUCAUCCGACAAGCAAGAGAUGACGCACGUGUACAAGGAACGUGCGAAAACGGCUUUCGAUUAUGCUGACGUAGACUCCACGGGUUCGUUGACCAAACAACAAUAUAAAAUAGCGAUGACGGCCGUGUUUGGAUAUCGGCCGGAUAAAGUAGAGGUGAAGCAAGCUUUUCAGCACACUGAUAAAAUCCUGUACGAAGAGUUUGAAAGAUGGGUGCUUAAAAAAUGCGUCGCACAAGAUCCACACAUCAAUGCGGAAAUAAUAUUUGCUUUGUUAGAUAAGGAUUAUAAGGGGUACUUACUCUUGGAUGACUUUUAUUCCGCGAGCAAGUCUGUUGGUUUGAAGGUACCACUGUCGGUGUGGGAUGAAGUAUUCAAGGAUUUGGAUCGUUACAAAAGAGGAUACAUAGAUUUCGACGAAUUAUUACGUGUAUUACCGACAUAGAGACCUUACAUAGAGGUAGCGUUG